AUGUGGAGGCUAGUAACGGUAAUAUUUGCUGUUACUAUUGCUAAUAUUGCAUCUGAGCCUACGCCUAUUGUAAUAUGGCACGGCAUGGGUAUGUGUUACAGCAAAAAUAUUUAGUAAUUAACCGAAAGAGAGUAAAAUCAGCUUAAAUUCUAUGAUUGCAAGCGGAAAAACUGUAAAAUAAAGUUGGGUUCGUUAGAAGUCACUAUUUUGCAGGAGAUUCAUGUUGCAAUCCACUGAGUAUGGGCCGAAUUAAGAAGAUAAUCAAAGAAAACGGACCUGAAAACGUUUAUGUCAAGAGCCUGAUGUUCGGCAGUAAUGUUGUGACUGUAAGUUAUUGAACAUAAGUUUGAGGAUUGAGAUUAUCUUCUCAGCUUUACAAAAUUAAUUUUUUUUAAAUCAACGCUCAGGUCGUAACUAACAUCGAAGUUUAGGACACUGAAAAAGGCUUCUUUGCCAACAUGAACGAUCUAGUGGCAGAUGCCUGUAAACAGUUGAAGGAAGACCCCAAAAUAGGUGAUAGUUACCAUUCCGUCGGCUUUUCACAAGGAGGAUUAUUCUUGUAGGUUUUAAAAUAAUGUUGACCUUCCCAAUAUAGACGAGCACUGGCUCAACGAUGUGACUACCCUGUGCCCAAGUCAGUUGUUUCGAUUGGUGGUCCUCAACAUGGUGUUUAUGGCUUCCCACAUUGUCCUGGUAGUGUUGGAAUUUGUAACACAGUACGAAGGCUACUCAACACUGGCGCCUAUCUGGGAUUCGUUCAAAAUGCGUAAGUUGAGUUGCUUUUGGCGUUUACUGUGCUUUUAAUUAUAAUUUACAUUAGGAAUAGUGUUUUUAAAAUAUCUGUUGUUAAAUUAAGGAAUAACUUUAAUUAUUAUACCAUACAAUUUUUCUUAUAAUAGCUGUUUACAGCCUUGUACAAGCACAAUACUGGGAUGACCCAUACCUACGCGAUGACUUUAGAAACAAAAGCAUCUUCUUGGCUGAUGUGAACUGCGCUAGAGUAAGUAUUAAAAACACAGUCUCUAAUUUUUUUUCUAAAAAGAACUAAGUAUUAUUGUUUUCCGUCCUCUGAUUCAUAUUUAGUGUUUUUUCCCAACUAUUUCAUAUAAAAGUACAAUAAAAGCAUUAUAUAAUAGGAAUGCGAUCAAGACAGAUACCGUAAGAACUUGGUAAGGCUAGAGAACUUGGUACUGGUUAAGUUUUUGCGCGAUACUAUGGUAGUGCCAAAGGAAACAGAAUGGUUUGGGUACUAUCCUGACAACAAUGUCACUAAUGUGGUCACGCUCAGAGAUUCGGAUUUGUAUAAAAACGUAAGUUUUGGUUUUAAUACGACAUUACUUGCUGCAGUAAGCCCAAAAUUGUGUAGAAGGCUUAAUUUAAUUAAUUAUUCACUUCUGACCUCAUGGUGAAUAUGCGUAUAAUAUAAAGCUAAUUUUAAAAACGACCAAACAUUUUGUAGGACCUGAUUAGUCUGAAAGAAUUGGAUGACAAUGGAAAACUGCACUUCCUUACUGUAGAUGCUGACCAUCUUCACAUCACAAACGAGUUCUUUGUCAACGAAAUCGUCAAAAAAUAUUUUUCUUGA